GUAUAAAUAAUAUAUAUAUGUAUAUACAGUCAAAUCUCGAUAACUCGAAUCUCAAGGGAAGAGAAAAAUCUUUGAGUUAUAGAGGUUUUGAUUUAUCGAAGUGUUUUUUUCCUUUCCGCGGAGUGGAAGGAAAUGAACAAAAUUUUCGUAUUAUAGAGGUUUUCGAGUUAUUAUAAAGGUUCGAGUUAUCGAGGUUUGACUAUAUAUACAUCAACAAUAUAUAUUUUAUUACUAAAAACUAUAAAGCAUUAAUAAAAAUAUAAAAAAAUUAAGUUAUAACUAUUUAUCAGAUAGAUUUCUGAAGUGAAUAUUGUUAAUAAUUUUUGAUCACACAUAAAGACAAUGACUUGUCUUCGGCUUUGCAAGUUAGAAGAAUAUCUACAACAAUUGGAUGUGUUUAAAGAGCCAAAAGUUUUACUAGAACAAUAUGCUACUAGUGCACAUAUUGCCUCACAUAUGUUGUAUACCGCACAGUCACAGUUCAAUGAUAUAGAAGGUAAAAACAUAGCAGAUUUAGGCUCUGGAUGUGGCAUAUUAUCAUUAGGUGCCAAAAUGUUGGGUGCUGAGUAUGUAAUUGGAUUUGAAAUAGAUACGGAUGCAGUUAAUAUACAAUAUAAAAAUUGUAAUAAUAUAGAACUUUUUGUAGAAAUAGUGCAAUGUGAUGUAUUACAGUACUUGCCAGGAAAAUUUGAAAAAUUCUUUGAUACUGUUGUGAUGAAUCCACCUUUUGGUACUAAGAACAAUACUGGCAUCGAUGUAAGAUUUUUGGAAGCGGCGAUUAAACUUACGUCAAAUGUAGUUUAUUCUUUGCAUAAGAGUAGCACGCGAGAUUACAUUCUUUCAAAGGCAGCGCAAUUUGGUGCAAAAGGAACAGUAAUAGCUAAACUCAGAUACGAUCUACCACGAGCUUACAAAUUUCACAAAAAAGCCUCUGUUGAUAUUCAAGUGGAUUUUAUAAGAUUCGAAGUAAACCGCUGACUUUUCAAAAUGCGCUUUUUAAAAUUUUACUCAAACUUAAUGCCCUGAGCUAGCGGUAGUUCGUUUCCGUAAUUGAUUGUUAUUGUCGCACGUCGCAUAUAAUGCUUCCAUGCGUCGCUUCCG